AUGGUGCAAACCUGGCCCUACGACAGCCUGCCUCUGGGGGCCCUGAUUGACCCGCCCCAUGUGGGGCCCCUACAAGCCGAAAGCACUCGAUGUCCUGCUUGUCCAGAAGGUCUGAUCCAGGUGAAGGAGGAAACAGGAUUUGACCCCAGAGAGCUGAGGUGCUUAUGGAAAGCCUUCGAUAGGAGAUGCAUUGAGACCCUGAAAGUCAUGGUGCAAGCCUGGCCCUUUGUACACCUGCCUCUGGGGAACCCGAUGGACAUGCCACAUGCAGGGUCUCUACAGGCUGUACUGGAAGCACUUGAAGGCCUGCUUGCCCAGAAGGUUCACUCCAGGAGGUACAAACUGAAAGGUCACGCUGACUGCCCCGGCCAAAAGGUCCCAGAUAAGUACCAGGGACAGAUAUCCACCAAUCAGCAGCCCGUUGCCAGGCAGACUGAUGGACGCGAAGGUGCCAAGACUCUGGCCAAUCAAGAAAAACCGACACGGGACAAAAGGCCAAUCAGCACCCUAGAGCCUGACUCCAAGCGUAUACGAAAAGGUCCCGCCGCUUCCGUAUCCGCCAGGGUAUAUAGGUGCCGCCCCCCCUUCCCGCAGGUUGCAGACUCCCUUUGUCUCUUCACUCACCCGCCCCCGGGAGUUCUGCCCGAGAGCGAUCGCCCAAUAAAGGCCUUCAUCAACGGUCCUUAG